ACAAAUAACAACAACUUUGGUUAAUAAUAACAACAAUAAGGUCAAUUGUUUUUGAGCUGCCUCUGUGUGCGCAUGAUUGGUUGGCUGGUUGGUUAGCAGGUUGGAUGGAUGACCGUUGCAGUUAUGUAGAGUUGUGUUGUAUGUGUGUGUGUGCAAGUGUGUCUGCUUUUUUGGGUUUAUUGGAGUUGGAUUGAAAGCAUUCACCCCGUGCGGCUUGUUGUUGUUGGUCUUUUUAGGCCGGUUUAAGCCAAAGCGAAACCCAAAACUUCGUCUUAAAUCAAAUGAUGGCAUCUAAGGCAGUCGCAUUUCAACCGUUUGAACGACUACUAAGUGAUUGAUUUCAGUUCGGCCAAACAAAGACGGAAUAGAAAAAAAAACAAUACCUAGCAAACAAAACAAAAUUUUCGACUGCAUUCUCUCAAAUCCCUUAAUUAGGUCAGGGCAAAGUGUUACAAAGUUGUUGUUGUUCAGUUCAAAAAAAAAAUUCAAACAAUUGAACAAAUAUCGACCGGAUUGUCAGCUAAUCCACAACGUUUGAUAACUUGGCGCCCAAGUGAUAGUAGUGUUUUAUAGUGCUAUAGCAUAAUGAUCGACGAUAAAGACAUGAUCGAAAUCAACUUGAACUCAACAUCAAUGGGUUCGAAUCUGUUGCAUGAUACAACCACACCAUCCUGCCUAACCAAAUCAUUCAGCAUUGCCGACCUCAAGGAUAGGGCAUUGCACCCCAGGAUUAAAUCCCAACCAAAAUAUGCCACAAUUGGUGGUGUAAAGGGAGUUGGUAGUGCCGGGGCCAAGCAAUUGGAUAGCCCAAACAUUAGCUGUCUGAGACAAAUGUAUUGCCCCGACUGCAAGCAGCGUUUGGAUAAGGACAGUGUGCGAUUUGAAUCUCUACUGGCGUGCUGUCUGCCAUUAUUCCCGCUGACGACUGUCUACCAAUGCUGUCUGAAACGAGCGGUGGGACGCAAAGUGAUCUGCAACAAGUGUGGCAGUAAUUUGGGCUAUUGGAAACGAUCGUAAAAGAAACUGAUCAUUAACAAAUACAAAAAAAAAAAAAAAAACUAUGAAAUGACCAUUU